GUGACGACGGAAAACUCAUUUUCCUGUGCGCGCUCAGAACUACUAAUGACUUGUUUUUCUUAGCUAAAGUCCAGUUCUCGUGUGAUAUUAGAACAUCGAGACUAAUUUAUUGCUGAACUGUGUUAAAUUCAUCAUGUCUGCCCGAAAACAGAAUCAAAUUCUCGAGGAAUUCUUUGAAAUUUACCGAUCAGAACCGUGUUUGUGGCGAGUUAAGAGCAAGGAGUACCAUAACCGUGACGUGAGAUGGGCCGCUUAUGACAGGCUUGUUGCAAAAUUGAAGGAGACAGAGCCCGAUGCGAAUAAGAGUUUGGUGGUGAAAAACAUAAACAACCUUAGAAGCAAUGUGCGUAAGGAGAAGAAAAAACGUGAUUUGUCAAUGAAAUCUGGAGCGGGAGACAACGAUGUACCCAGUACUUCUUUUUCAAACGUAGACGAGGAAGAUGGAAGCGAGAUUGAUGAGGAGCAACCGGAAGAUACUGUCCAACAGACACCCCCAAGUGAAGAAUCGUCCACAAUGCCCUCUGAUCCAAGAAGCCCUACUCAAACAGAAAAACGUGGAGCGCCUCUGCGUCCAAACACAGCAAAAAAGCGGAAAAAUGAGAAACUAACUAGCGACGUUUUGGUAUCAGUGAGAGAUUACUUUAAGAAGCCUCCAUCUCAAGAUGACCGCUAUGACCUCUUGGGAAAAUCUGUGGCAUGUAGGAUUAGAGCUUUAGAAAAACGUCAGCGUCUUAUUGUUGGAAAACGCAUCAAUGGUGUUCUUUUUGAAGCAGAAAUGGGAAUGCUUAAUGUGCCUACAAACUCAUACAACUUUAACCAUACAAGUACCAGCUCAAGUAGGACUUCAAGUCCUUCUCCAAAUACAACUUUGUUCGAUUUACAUUCGUAUCAAACCAGACAUGUAGUACCCGGAACCCAACAGGAACCUACACUCCCCUUGCUAACUACUUUAAUGAAUUCGGCGGUAGUUUUUGACUAUUUCAUUUACCUGAUAUUCAGUAAUUUUCUUAAUAAUUAUGUACUAGUAUUAAUAAAUUAA